ACACUAUCCCUUCUUUGUAGAAAAAACCCCUCCUAGUCCACUCCUCACUCUGCAAGGAACGAUGGCGGACCGUGAUCGAACUCGAGACCGCGACCGUGACCGUGAACGGGAUCGUGAGCGUGACCGAGAAAGGGACAAGGAUAGAGACAGAGAUCGGAAACGAGACCGGGAAGACCGUGAUCGGAGAGACCGUGAACAUUCUUUUACCCCUGACCUUAACAGAACUACUCGGCAUACACGCUCCCGUACUCGUUCCCCUUCCACUGACCGGCACCGACACCGCCACCGUUCUACCUCUCGUUCCCGUUCUCCCACUGACCGUCGCCACCGUCACCACCGCCGCAGGAGUCCCUCAGCUGAAAGUCCUCCAAGGAAAAGGCAUAAAGAUGAUGGUGAACGGGAUAGGGACAGGCGCAGAGAAGUUUCGGAUUUUGUGGAUGGGAUAGCCAAAGAACAACAGAAACAGAAGAAAAAGAACAAGGACAAGGAGGAUGGGAGUGGGAGUGGGGAUGUUGGUGAAGGAGGAGAAGAGAUGAUGGAUGAGGAUGAGAUUGAGAUGAUGAAGAAAUUUGGGAUACCAGUAGGGUUUGAUUCUACAAAAGGAAAGCCAGUGGCUGGAAAUGAUGUAGGUGCUGUAAGAAAAGUCACCAAACGCCAGCCUCGACAGUACAUGAAUAGGCGUGGUGGGUUCAAUAGGCCCUUGCCUGCUGAGUGCAACCGCUGAGCUUUUCAGAUGGAAAUGCAUUUUCUGCCAGGCUUCUUAUAUGAGUCUGUCCCUUUGUCCAAGUAAUGGAGACGAUGUAAGAUAUUUUCAAUUGUCUGUUUAGGUUGUAAUGUGCGAUAUUUCUCAGAACUCCAUGAUAAUAGUACUCCAAUAGUUUCACAGUUUGCUGCAGACUGCAGACGAGCAGUAGCAGAUGCACCGUUAAUUCAGGGUCCAGCCAAAUGGUUAGCUGGUUAAUCAAGUGCCCCUCCCUCCCUUUAAAGCAGGCAUUCUUAAACACCAUAUGUUUUCUCAUUGAGGUUACUGAUGUGAACGUGCAUUUGGCCAUCACAUCUUGUGUUAUGUGUUCUCAGAUCUCUCCUGAAAAAGGCACUUCUUCAUAAAUCAGCUUACAUUUGGAUUUGGCUAUACUGUUGCUCGCUAUGUGCACUCAAGUCUUGUAUUGAUCACUUUCUGAUACCUUUUAUUGAUAUUCGCCCCCUUGGUUCCAA